AUGGAAAGAAGAAGAAGAAAAAAAAGAAAACGAAGAAGAAGAAGAAAUGAUGAUGAUGAUGAUGAUGAUGAUGAUGAUGAUGAUGAUGAUGAUGAUGAUGAUGAUGAUGAUGAUGAUGAUGAUGAUGAUGAUGAUGAUGAUGAUGAUGAUGAUGAUGAUGAUGAUGAUGAUGAUGAUGAUGAUGAUGAUGAUGAUGAUGAUGAAGGAACGGAGUCAUGA